AUGGUGUCAUUUCCAAACGAGACAGUGUGCGUGUGGCUUGACGAGACAACGAGUAACUAUGACAACAAUAUAUGGAGUACUAGUGGAUGUGUCACCAUCAACGAAACAGGAACCGGAACCAGAUGUGAAUGUGAUCACCUGACAAGCUUCAGUAUACUCAUGAAAGUCACAGAGUAUGACAUACCUAUGAUCCAUGGUAAAGUUUUGUCUAUUCUGACAUUCAUCGGAUGUGGUGUAUCCAUCGUGUGCGCUAUUCUCAUCGUUAUACUGUUUCUUUGUUUAAGGUUGAUGAAAGAGGAACGAAUUCUCCAUUCCAUGCUACUUGUGGCUAUUGCAGCAGGACAACUGACAUUUCUUGUUGGAAUAGAUCGAACAGAUAACAAGAUCGGAUGCAAAGUGAUUGCCAUAGUGAUUCAGUAUUUCAUGACAGCGAGCUUCUCUUGGAUGUUGAUUGAAUCAAUCUAUCUCUAUCGUCACGUGGUAAAAGUGUUCUCAUCUCGUGUUAACAUUAUCUACUAUGUCGUGGCAGGAUGGGGUGUGCCGAUUGUAUUGGUUGGUAUUUCUCUUGGGAUUUCUUUUGAUCAUAUACCAAGUGAAAACUUCUGCUGGUUAUCGACAGAGGGCGGGGCGAUUUAUGCGUUCGUCGCACCUGCUUUAGCCGUUAUAGUCAUAAACAUCGUCCUGCUGGGCAUCGUGCUACGAGAGAUUAGACGAAUCAUCGAUCGGGAUAUCACAAAAAUCGAUGUGUCAAAAGCAAAAACCACAGCUAAGGUCCUCCUUGUAUUUACACCUGUGAUGGGAGCGCCUUGGGUGUUUGGGAUCCUUGCCAUCAACGAAGACACCGUCAUAUUUGACUAUCUCUUCACGGCACUGAAUAGUUUUCAGAUUUUGCAUUUAUUUGAUAUGACUGUUUGCAAUUUUAAAAGGUAUUUUACAUGA